AUGGAACAGAAUCCAAUUGUUAUUGAUAAUGGUUCUUACGAGGUUAAGUUUGGAUAUUCCGAUGCUAAAGUUCCUAAUAGAGCUUUAAAUGCCUUAGCCAAGGAUAAAUAUGGUGCAUGGUAUCUUUCAAAUCAGAUGAAUAAUAUUAAGGAUAUAUCUUCAGUGACCAUAAGAAGACCCCAUGAGUUAGGCCAGUUGGUUUCGUGGGAGUUGGAAGGUACCGUUUGGGACUACUGUUUCUUCAAUCCAGAUGAGUUUCCAAAUUUUAAUUUAAAAGAGACUAAAGGCCAUCAUUUGGUUGUAAGUGAAACUUGUAUGACAUUACCAGAGUUAAGUGCAAAUAUGGACCAAGUGAUGUUUGAAGAGUAUGAAUUUGAGAGUCUCUUCAAGUCUCCUGUGGCAGGUUUUGUACCGUUUUUGAAUUUACAAGACAAUAUGAAGAUGAUAUGUGGUAAAGGUGAUGAUGUAAUGGGAGAUUUAAUUUCUAAUAUGGAUUCGCAAAAUAUUAAGAAUCCAUAUAGUGAUUUCAACUUAGUCAUCGAUUCUGGGUUCAAUUGUACAUGGAUUAUUCCUAUUAUCAAAGGGGUGCCUUACUACAAAGCAGUUAAGAAGAUGGAGAUGGGUGGUAGAUUUUUAAAUGGGCUAUUCAAAGAAACAAUAUCAUACAGACAUUAUGAUGUUACUGAUGAAACAAUUCUUGUUAAUAAUAUCAAGGAAAAAUGUUUGUUUAUGAGUCCGACUUCCUAUAUGGAUAGUUUUAAGAAUAAAGAUCGAUAUUCUGUUGAUUAUGUUCUACCAGAUUUCCAAACUAGUUUUAUUGGUUAUGUCAAGGAUAAGAAAAGUAAUAGUCAGUUACCAGAAAAUUCUCAAGUUAUUACAUUGACAGAUGAAUUAUUCUCUGUACCUGAAACCAUCUUCCAUCCGGAGAUGGCCAAGUUGUUGAAACCUGGUAUUGUCGAAACCAUCUUGGAAAGUUUAUCUAUUGUUCCAGAAACCAUCAGACCAUUGUUAGUGAAUAAUAUCGUAUGUGUAGGUGGUAAUUUCAACAUGCCUAACUUCGGCUCUAGAUUGGCAACAGAAUUACAACGUCAAUUACCUACCGACUGGGUCUGUAAUAUUUAUAUUCCAGAAAAAGAUUGUGAAUUACAAGGUUGGAAAUCAAUGUCACAAUUUGCACAAAAUACCGAUAUCUACAAAAAGGCAAGAAUAUCAAGAGAAGAAUACUAUGAACAUGGUACCGAUUGGACUACAAAAAAGAGAUUUGGUUAUCAAAAUUGGAUUUGA